CCAGCGGGUGCAAAUACCCGUAUGACGUUAGACUCUUCAGCGCAGGUAUGGUACCUUGUGACUGCCAUCCUCUGCAUUGCGGUUCCGGGGAUCUUCUUGAUGAUUCGAGUAUAUACGAAGUUCGCAGUCGUCAAGAUGCUCGAUGCUGCUGACUGUAAAUAUAAACAGCCUCUCAUCGUCGCUGAAGUAGCUCUCGGAUACCUCAUGGUCAAAUAUGGCGCUGGCGUGCAUCAGUGGCAAAUCACACUUGGACAGCUCUAUGAGCAGCUUCAU